CACUUACUAGGAGAAAAAGAUAGCUCAAGACACAUCGGAUGGUAUAAAAGACACCAGCCAGUCAGCAUCUAAAAGCAUUUUUCGGUCUUGGUUCUUCAAGAGGAACUUUGUGGAUUGCACUCUUCCCUCAAGCUUUUCUUCCUUUCUGGAUCCAUCCUGCGCCUGAAUCCAAGCCAACAUGCCUGGUGGGUACAAAGGAGAAUGCGGGGAUGAUGUUGACCCCAUGCCUUUCUUGGCUCCCACCGAGAAGGAGAAGAUUGAAGCAAUGAGCAAACCGUACGACAUCAAGAAGUCCUGUUGGGUGAAGGACGAGAAGGAAGGUUUCCUGGCUGGAGAGAUCCAGUCGGAAACUGAUACACAAGUCACGGUGAAGACGGUGACCAAUCAGACACUCACCGUCAAGAAGGACGAUGUCCAGCAGAUGAACCCACCUAAGUUCUACCAGGUCAACGAUAUGGCAAAUAUGACUUUCUUGAACGAAGCCAGCGUCCUGGAUAACCUCCGGCAGCGUUACAUUAUGAUGAGGAUCUAUACAUAUUCCGGCCUCUUCUGUGUCACCAUCAACCCUUACAAGUGGCUACCCAUUUACGGGGGCCGUGUGGCCCAGAUGUUCAAGGGUAGGAAGCGUACAGAGGUGCCUCCUCACCUUUUCUCCAUCUCAGACAUCGCCUACCACGACAUGCUUAUGGAUCGAGAAAACCAAUCUAUGCUGAUCACCGGAGAAUCCGGAGCGGGCAAAACUGAAAACACGAAGAAAGUCAUCCAGUAUUUUGCCAACAUCGGAGGCACCGGCAAAACCUCUGCCCAAGGCCAGGUAAAUCGAUCUGAGGUCUAUUAUCCAGUAGCGGUUGGAACCAUGAUUAAAUCAUUUUUUAAAAAAUUGGAAGCUGUUCUGGUUGUGAAUAACGAGAGUCUAUUUUUUCUUAUUCAGGGUAAAUUCAUACGAAUUCAUUUUGGCAGCACAGGAAAACUGGCUGGCGCUGAUAUUGAGAGCUAUCUCCUGGAGAAGUCUAGGGUCAUCUCUCAACAACCUGCUGAAAGAGGCUAUCAUAUCUUCUACCAACUCUUGUCCAACAAGAAGCCUGAUCUUGUUGGGAGCUUGCUGUGUGUCCCGGAUCCCAAGGAAUACCAAUGGAUGAGCCAAGGGGUAAUCCAGGUGGAAAACUUGGAUGAUGGGGAAGAACUGCUCCUCACAGACGUGGCCUUCGAUGUCCUGGGCUUCACCGGAGAGGAGAAGAACGGUGUGUACAAACUCACGGGGGGCAUUAUACACUUCGGCAACAUGAAGUUCAAGCAGAAGCCGAGAGAGGAACAAGCAGAAGUGGACACCACCGAGGUGGCUGACAAAGUCGCCCACCUCAUGGGCCUGAACUCUGGAGACCUUCAGAAGGGGAUUACCAGACCCCGGGUGAAAGUAGGCAAUGAGUUUGUGCAGAAGGGGCAAAACAUGGACCAAUGCCAGAACUCCGUUGGCGCCCUGGGCAAAGCCGUCUACGACAAGAUGUUUAAGUGGCUGGUGGUCAGGAUCAACAAAACCCUGGACACCAAGAUGCAGCGGCAGUUCUUCAUUGGCGUCCUGGAUAUCGCUGGUUUUGAGAUCUUUGAGUUCAACAGCUUUGAACAGCUCUGCAUCAACUUCACCAACGAAAAGCUGCAACAGUUUUUCAACCACCACAUGUUUGUGUUGGAGCAAGAGGAAUACAAGCGAGAAGGCAUCGACUGGGUCUUCAUUGACUUUGGUCUCGAUCUCCAGGCUUGCAUUGAGCUUCUGGAAAAGCCCAUGGGCAUCUUCUCCAUCCUUGAAGAGCAGUGCGUGUUUCCCAAGGCGAGCGAUGCGACUUUCAAGGCUGCCCUGUAUGAUAACCACCUGGGCAAGUCCCCUAACUUCCUGAAGCCAAAGGGGGGGAAGGGCAAAGGGGCAGAAGCCCACUUUGAGCUGGUUCACUACGCUGGCACGGUGGGCUAUAAUAUCACCGGUUGGCUGGAGAAAAACAAGGACCCCCUGAAUGAAACGGUGGUGGGCUUGUUCCAGAAGUCUUCCAUGGCUUUGCUCUGCACUCUUUUCAAAGAAGAAGAGGCCGCAGCUUCGGGGACCAAGAAGCAGAAAAGGGGGGCCUCCUUCAUGACCGUCUCCAACUUCUACAGGGAGCAGCUCAACAAGCUGAUGGCCACUUUGCACAGUACCUCGCCCCAUUUUGUCCGCUGCAUUGUGCCCAAUGAGUUCAAGCAAUCUGGUGUGGUGGACGCUCAUCUGAUCUUGCAUCAAUUGUCCUGCAACGGUGUCCUGGAAGGUAUCCGUAUUUGCCGCAAAGGGUUCCCCAACAGGCUGCAGUACCCCGAGUUCAAGCAAAGGUAUUAUGUGCUAAAUCCCAACGUCAUUCCUCAAGGCUUUGUGGACAACAAGAAAGCCUCUGAACUUAUUCUGGCAUCUCUUGACCUUGGAGAAAAUGAGUACAAAAUUGGACACACUAAGGUCUUCUUCCGCGCUGGAGUCUUGGCCAAGUUGGAAGACCUGCGGGAUGAGCGUUUGGCCAAGAUCAUGACCAUGCUACAGAGCCGCAUCCGUGGUUUCCUGAUGAGAAUUGAAUUUAAGAAGAUGCUGGAGAGAAGGUUGGGCCUGAUGCUGAUCCAAAGGAACAUUCGCAAGUUCUUACAGAUGCGUUACUGGGGAUGGUGGAAACUUUACAAUAAGGUGAAACCUCUGCUGAAUGUGGCUCGCCAAGAGGACGAGAUGAAAGAAAAGGAGGAAGAGCUGAGGAAUGCCAUGUCCAAGACUCAGGAACUGAUAGACCGCGUCAAGGAGUUGGAGGAGAAGUUGGCCACCCUUAGCCAAGAGAAGAAUGAUUUGAUCAUCCAACUGCAGGCUGAACAAGAGAACCUGAUCGAUGCGGAAGAGCGCCUUACUCAAAUGAUGAAGGCCAAGAUGGAGCUGGAAAGCCAGAUUUCUGACAUGGUAGAGCGCCUGGAGGAGGAAGAAAGUUCAGCGGCCUCCUUGAGUGCCAACAAGCGCAAGUUGGAAGCAGAGCUUAACGAUCUCAAGCGAGACCUUGAGGGGCUGGAGACCACGUUGGCUAAGACUGAAAAGGAGAAACAAGCUCUUGAUCACAAAGUCCGAAAUUUGACCAGCGACCUGCAAGCCCGGGACGACUCGGUUGCCAAACUCCAGAAGGAAAAAAGAGCACUGGAUGAGCUCCACCAGAAAACGCUUGAUGACCUUCAAGCUGAGGAAGACAAAGUGAACCAUCUGACGAAAAGCAACAGUAAACUCAACACUCAGAUAAACGAGUUGGAAGACAACUGGGAACAAGAGAAGAAAAUCCGUGCCGAGGUUGAAAAGGCCCGUCGCAAAGCAGAGGGUGACUUGAAGAUGACCAUCGAAAAUCUGAACGAAAUGGAGAGGACUAAGCUGGACUUGGAAGAGGUGGUGAAGAAGCGAGACUUAGAGGUCAAUUCCAUCAGCUCCAGGUUGGAAGAUGAGCAGGCUCUGAACUCCACCCUUCAGAGGAAACUGAAGGAACACCAGGCUCGAAUUGAAGAGCUGGAAGAAGAGUUGGAAGCAGAACGAUCCUUGAGGGCGAAGAUUGAGAAGCAACGCAGCGAUCUCUCCCGGGAACUGGAAGAGCUCAGUGACAGACUUGAAGAAGCUGGAGGAGCCACCACAUCCCAGAUUGAGCAGAACCGCAAACGGGAGGCUGAGCUGCUUAAGCUGCGGCGAGAACUGGAAGAAGCCGCCUUGCAGAGCGAGGCCACGGCUUCCACCCUGCGCAAGAAGCACACCGACGCCAUGGCCGAGAUGACCGAACACCUGGAGAACCUGCAAAGGGUCAAAUCCAAGUUGGAGAAAGACAAGCAGGUCAUGAAGGCCGAGAUUGAUGAUCUCAGCAGCAGCAUGGAAAACAUCCAGAAAUCCAAGAUGAAUGCUGAAGGUCAUGUGCGUCGUUUGGAGGAUAACCUGGCUGAAGUCAACUCCCGACUGGCUGAGAUGGAAAGGAAUCAAGCAGAAAUCAACGCCGUCAGGAACAGACUCCAAGCUGAGAACAACGAGCUGAGCCGAGAGCAUGAAGAAAGUCAGUCACGGCUCAAUCAAGUCCUUCGGGUCAAGACAUCCCUCACUUCCCAAGUGGACGACUUCAAGCGACAGCUGGAUGAAGAGUCCAAGGCCCGCAGUGCUGCAGUGGUCAGUCUGGCCAACACCAGACAUGACCUGGAUUUGAUCAAAGAGCAGCUGGAGGAAGAGCAAACCGGCAAAGCUGAGCUCCAACGCUUGGUCUCCAAGCUCAACACCGAAGUUACAACCUGGAGGACCAAAUAUGAAACCGAUGCUAUUCAGAGAACUGAGGAGCUGGAAGAGACUAAGAGAAAACUGACCGCCCGUCUUCAGGAGGCAGAGGAAACGGCUGAAACGGCGCAAGCUCGGGUAGCCAGCAUGGAGAAGUACAAGCAGAAGCUCCAGAUGGAAGUGGAGGAUCUGACUUUGGACCUGGAAAAGGCCAAUGCAGCCUGUGCAGUCCUGGAUAAGAAGCAACGGGCCUUCGACAAGAUGCUGUCUGAAUGGCAGCAGAAGUGUGAGGAGCUCCAACUGGAAGUGGACAAUUCCCAGAAGGAAUGCCGCAUGUACAUGACGGAGAACUUCAAGCUCAAGACGGCCUACGAGGAAGCCUUAGAGCAGCUGGAAGCUGUGAAGAAGGACAACAAGACUCUUCAGGAGGAAAUCAAGGAUCUCAUUGACCAGUUGGGUGAGGGAGGAAGAAGUGUCCAUGAGCUGCAGAAGAUGAAAAAGAAGUUGGAAAUUGAGAAAGACGAGCUUCAGGUGGCCCUGGAGGAAGCGGAGUCUUCCCUGGAGGUGGAAGAGAGCAAGCUGAUUCGCAUUCAGCUGGAGCUUGCCCAAGUCAAGGCAGAUAUUGACAGGAGAAUCCAUGAGAAGGAGGAGGAAUUUGAAGCCACAAGAAAGAACCACCAGCGUGCCAUCGAAGCUCUGCAGUCUAGCCUGGAACUGGAGGCCAAAGGUCGAGCAGAAGCCCUGCGCCUGAAAAAGAAGAUGGAGACAGACCUGAAUGAAAUGGAGAUCCAGCUGGACCAUGCCAAUAAGAACAACAGUGAGCUGGUCAAGGCCUUGAAGAAACUCCAGCAACAGCUCAAGGACAUGCAAAUGCAGAUGGACGAAGAUGCUCGCCAACACGAGGAGCUGAGGGAACAGUACAAUCUCCAAGAACGCCGGCUCAGCCUUCUCCAGACAGAGUUGGAAGAGGUGCGCACCGGCCUGGAGGGCAGUGAACGUUCACGGAAACUCAUCGAGCAAGAAUUGGUGGACGUCUCUGAAAGGCACAACGAACUCAAUGUUCAGAACCAGAGCUUGCUGGUGAUCAAACGUAAGCUGGAAUCUGACCUCACGCGCAUAACCAACGAACACGAAGAACUCAUCAGCGAAUUCCGAUCGGCGGAUGAGAAGGCAAAGAAAGCCAUGACGGAUGUGAGUUUAUGGUUCUGGAUCCAGAAGGAAGCUUCAACAGUGUAUUCCUUCGAAUGA